CUAUUUUCACACAAAGAAUAUUUGCACUGACUUAUAAUGAGCAUUUUGUGCAGUCGAACGACAUUGAAUUAUUCCGUGAUAUUUCUCACUUUGAUGUUCUAUGAGUGAAAGUAAACCGUUCCGUCAUUGACUUCCUAAACGUGCCCGGACAUGCCUAACAAAAUUUGACUUUCAAAUGGAGCUCAUCAUCAUCUUCUCAGCAGAGUCAAUAACUGGAAGUUUCCUGCAUGCAGUAGCUCACAUCAGAUGCUCUGCGCUGAAAGCAGCUGAUGCCUGGACAUCAUGACAGUGUUGAAGACUGAAAGUGUUGCUUUGGCUGGAAUGAGUGAAAACCUGUGGCUGGAAAAAGCUUGCGCUCACCUUAUUCCUGCUUUACCAUUAUGGAUCAUUGAAUAUGCAUGGACUAAACGGAUGACGGAGGUCUUAGAAGUUCUAGGACCUCCAUUAUGGCUAGAAGGUGACUGGCAUCUUCUGACCCUUGAAGAGCCGUGCAGAAUCCGUGUGGUGGAGGCAGAGGUCUGGAGGAUCGUGCAAGCCAGAGACAUCAAGCAUUUUGAGCGAGUCACUGAGUUUUUGGACGUUACUUACACACUUGUGCCAAGACUAGUGACUCCCAUCAAACACAUGAAGAUCAUGUUCGGUCUGCAGACUCUGGUUAUCAUGUGGAUGUUGUGGAAUGACCAGAGCACUGCUAAAAUCUUUGACAAGAUUGAAAACUUUUUUCCUAAAAGCCUCCCAGAGUACCACCAAUGUAGCCGCAGGAACAUGGAUCUGAUGCAGAAAAACCGGGAAGAUUUCAAGUCCUUUGCUCAUGUUCUGGCCAGAGACAGGGAUAUGCGUGAGACUUACAUUCGGGAUUUAAUGGAAGAGCAAUAUGGUGAAUGCUAUGCACAGAAACUGGAGGAGAGACUUUCACACUAUUUGGGAGAGCUAGAUCAAGUCCUGCCACAACCUACGUGUAUUGAACAGUUACUGAAGCAGUCCUAUUCAUAUGGGAGGGGAGAGAAGAUCCUAAAAAAAUUACUUUCAAUUAAAAGUGCCUCUCUAGCCUCAGCUCUGAAGAGACUCCUACGUUGCGCUGUAACAACAAAUCUAAGCCUUGACGACAGUCUCACACCAUCACUUGCAAACACUUGUGAGGAACAAAGGGACGCUGAAGUUGUUAAACCAUCCCAUGGUACCCUCGGUGUAUUUUUGAGGUCAUCUCAGAACAGCACAAAAGAGGAUGGACUCUCACAAAUCAGCACAAACGAGCUCUUUGGUUCUCAGGGCUUGUGGCAAAAUAGAAACACAGAAACCAUUUUACAUCAGGAGAAGAUUUGUGGGGAUGGAGUAAUCGUUACAUCUACUCAGUUGCCAGGUUCUGAAAUAGAUCAGAUUGACUUCAGCCAGUCUCUUCUGGUGGAGAAGGACCUGGUUGGGAGGGAGAGACAGGCGGAGACUCACUCUGAACAGAAGGAAAGUGAGAGGGAUUUUAAAGAGCAGAUGUGCUCCAGACAUGGCAAAAAAAUGAGGAGCAUCCUUCAGGAAUGUUCUGAAGAGCUUGAUGGAGAAGUCGUACAGGCAGAAUGCACUCCCACAUCAACCCAGAGCACUCCACAUCUUCUCCUGUACACACCACAACCUCAAGCAUCUCCAAACAAGCACUCAUUGUCCUCAAACCCAGAUUCAUCCUCUACGAACAUUUCACUGUCCUACAUCCAGCAGGUCAGUCUUUCACCAGUGUCCUCAAAGAAUCCAGUUGCUCCUUCACCUUCAGUCUUCCAGGAGUCCUCAUCAUCUCAGUCCACAGCCUCAAAGCAAUGUGGAGUCAAUGCAGGACAGAUUUUAGCUACUGUUGUCUUCACCGAACCAAGCAGAACCAAUGAACACAAUCUGAAACUGUCCUUAGAGAGUCAAAGCUUCCUCAUGCAGUCCAAGUGGCUUCAACCUCAAGUGUGUCUUAAUAGACUGAGCAGGGAAGAGUGUGCCAGAGCCAUGUAUUCAUACAGAGCCUGUGACAUUGUAGAAGGAGAACAAGAGCAUGAAGGUGAUCAGUACAUGUUAUUUGAUGUAAAUACAUUGUAUUCUGAUUCAUACUCAGAAGAUUCAGACUCUGAUGACCCUGAUUACAAGCCCAACUAAGACUAAAUCAGAGGACAUCAAAGAAAUACUGCAAGCAAAUGUGCUCUUCAUCCGUUUUUUUCUGAUGCAUAGGUACUCGGACACCUAUUUUAGCAUUUUACAUUGAAUGUUUGAAUAAAAUCAAUUAGGGUUGGGAAAAAAUGCAGCUUUUUAACUUUAUUUUUACCUUAUCGGUUUACCUCAUGGUGGCCAAAAUGCUUAAAGCUCUUGAUGGUCAGCAGGUCAGUCUUUCACCAGUGUCCUCAAAGAAUCCAGUUACUCUUUCAUCUUCAGUUCUCCAACAGUCCUCCUCAUCAUCUCAGUCCACAGCCUCAAAGCAGCGUAGAAACAAUGCAGGACAGAUUUUAGCUAUCGUUGUCUUCACAGAAACUGUCCUUAGAGAGUCAAAGCUUCCUCAUGCAAUCCAAGUGGCUCCAACCUUAAGUGGAAGGAGUGUUCCAGUGCCAUGGAUUCAUACAGAGCCUGUGACAAUUUAGAAGAAGAAGAGCCCGAUUAUAAAUGCAUGUCAUUUGGUGUAAAUGCACUGUAUUCUGAUUGAUGCUCAGAAGAUUGAGACUGAUGACCCUGAUUACAAGCCUAUCGGAGAGUAAAUCAGAAGACACCAAAAAGAAAGUGCCAGUUAACGUGGUCUUCAUCAUGUUUAUAGAUGCAUUAACAGUUUACAUCGGAUAUUUGAAUAAACUCACAUUAGGGUUAGGAAACUAUACAGCUUUUUAACCUCAUCGUUUACCUCACGUAGGUCAAAAUGCUUGCCCUAAAGCUCUUGAUGGUCAAUACCAAAAUAUUUGUGUCCUGUAUGUUUUUUGUAAUCAAUUAUUUUAGUCUCCUGUUGCCCUGAAGGCCCUAUAAAGCGUGACUAUAACUCUAAAAUGACAUGGUUUCUGAUGUUGAACACUGUGUGCUGUUGGUUUAGUGACGCAUAUGGUGGGUCAGGGUUAUCGCUGGGUCUCUGGAUGGGGUGCUUUAGUGGAAACAUGUUGACAUGCUUCCUUUGAUUGACCUGGAAAGUUUAUGUAAUGACAGACAUUUUGGAUUAGGUUGUGUGUUUUUUGACUUAGAUUUAAGUGCAACCUUCAUUUGCCUAAAAGGUUGCGUUGACACUACUUUCAGUUUAAAUAGCACAUCAGGGCAGAAGUGUUUUAAGGUUAGUCUUAGCCUCAAUGAUUCAGUGUUACGUGUUGGUUUCUUAAAUAGGUGGUUAUGACAAGUACAAAAAAAACAUGAGAGUUGUGAGUUUAAAGUUCAAGGUUUUUGCCGUGUAAAACUGUUCAUUCUGACGUUUAUUUACCGGACUUCAGUGUAAAUUUGACUUGAUGCUAUUGCAAACUACUUUGUCAUUAUUGCAUCAGAUAUGCAGAACAUGCAGUCUAAUUUAUUAUUUCAGGUAGAAAAAAAUAAAAAGAGUGUUUUGAAUAAUGAUGAUUGUUUGAGUUUGAAAGUGUUACGUAAAUCAUCCAAAUGACAGCAUUUUUUCUUAUUU